CAACCCCGGUUUUGAUAUUUUACAGCAAACAGUAGACCAUGGACCAGAAGAAUUGGCUGUGGAGGAAAAAGUCCUCAGAGAAAAGAAUAAUUGCAAAUGACAAAGCUGAUCUUUCCGUUAAAGACAACGAUGAGGAGGUUCAGAUCCUUCAGAAUGAAAAGGAAAAAGUUCUGGAGGAAUCGGUUAGAAGCCUCGAUGAGAAGUUAGCAUCUGCUCUCGAUGAGUGCAACGCUAAAGAUGAAUUAGUCACAAAGUUCACAAAAAUGGCGGAAGAAGCCAUUGCAGCUCACAAGAAAGCGGAGGCUGAAAUUAUGUGUUUGAAGGAAGAGUUAGAAGAAUCUACAAAGCAGAGAGAGGCUGCAAAUGGAAGGCUAACUCACCUCAACAGUGCAUUGAAGGAUUGUAUGCAGAAAUUAACUUUCACCAGAGAAGAAACGGAUCAAAGAGUUUGUGAUGCUGUAAUGAGGACCUCAGAAGAGUUCGAGAAGGCCCAUAAUAUGUUGGAGGACAAGUUGGUAGAAACAAAUAAGAAGGUUACGAAUUUAACCGUCGAGAAUUCUCAUCUUAGUAAGGUUCUCCUCGUGAAAGGAAAGAUAAUUGAGGAUCUUACCGAAAGCAAUUCUCAGGCAGAAGCAGAAUUGAAUGCUCUGAUGUCAAGAUUAGAUUCUGCAGAAAAAGAAAAUGCUUUUUUAAGGUACGAAUUCCGGAUGCUCGAGACAGAGCUUCAUAACCGAAAUGAGGAGAUGGAGUUUAUUCGCCGCUCUGCAGACACCUCACAUAAGCAACAGCUAGAAAAUGUGAAGAAAAUCAAGAGGCUGGAAGCAGAAACUCAAAGGCUUCGUGUUCUGGUGAGAAAACGGAUGCCUGGGCAAAGUCAGUCUGUUUUGACAAAAUUGAAGAAAGAAAUUGAAUUGGAGGAAAGAAAUCGGAUUGAGACAAGGAGAAACACGAAUCCCACCUACCUAGGAAACAACGAUCCCGACAUUCUCAGGAAAGAGAUAAGUUUCUUGGUGGAAAAUCUUUGCAAUGUGGAAGAAGAAAACAAAAAUUUGAAACUAGUUUUAGCACAGAAAGGACAUUCUGGAAUUGUGUUCCCUCUAACAGUUCCAAAAUCAACUCAAGCUUGGGAUCAACCCGAAGAGCUUUCUAGAGCUAAGGGUUCUAAAGAGCUCGCUGUUUAUGGACCUAUAUCAAAUGAUAUCUCCUCCAUAUCGAGCCAUGAAAUGAAGAAGGAGCAUGAAAGUGUUUCUUCUGAAUCUUGGGCUUGUGCUUUGAUAUCUGAACUAGAGCAUUUCAAGAAUCAUAAGGACCAGAAGAGUAACUCUGAACAGAAAACGAUUGGAGUUUCAGAGAUGAGGCUAAUGGAUGAUUUUGUCGAAAUGGAAAAACUAGCAAUAGUAGCAAUGGAUGCCCCACUCGGGAGUUCCCAAGCUUCUCCAGAAGUGACUCUUACAUUAUCAGAUGAGCAUGAGAAUCAUGUGGACUCGACAGGUAAAGAAUUGGUUCAAGUAAAACAAGGAGAUCUCGGUGACUUGGGCCAGGAAAAAGGGAAAGGCGACUGGAUUGAACCUGUUCUGAAGGUAAUCAUUGAGCAAAGCAGUGUUUCAAAACGAGACUUUUAUGAACUUCUAGAAGACGUCAGAGUGGCUUGGCAUAACCUCAACUUUCCACACACCAGCGAAGGUAACAAGUCAGUAAGCUCAAUGCAGCCUAUUAGCGGCUAUCUUGCUUGGAGGUCUCCAGUAACAUCUCCAAAAGCAGAUUCAAUCAGCAGCCCUGUUAUCAACUCAUCUGUUUCAAAAAUUGUUGAGCUGGUCACGAGAUUUUCAGAGGGCUGUAAUAUGGUGGAGACAGAAACUCGGGAGCCAAUAAUAGCAAACGACUAUUUGCUUCAUGUUUUCAGGUGGAGAAAUCCCGAGCUUAAAACUGUAUUGCAGCAAUUCCUGCAUAUAUGCUGCAGUCUGCUGGAUGGAAAAAUUAAUUUCGUAGAGUUUUCUGUGGGACUGACUGCCACAUUGGAUUGGAUUAUGAACAACUGUAUGUGUUAUCAAGGUUCUAGUAUUAGAGACGAGUUUAUAAAGCAUUUUGGCCCAAGAGGAUUAGGAACUGCAACUGAUACAAGAGCCUUGCAAGAUUUUAUGUUUGAAAUGGAGAAGAUUCAUUCCAUUAUUCAAGCAGAAAAUGAAGGCUUGAAGGCUGAGUUGAAUGUGUCAAGAUCCUCACAGAAAGAUCUCGAAGACAAGAACGAAGCCUUGGCAAGUGAUCUUCAACAAUCACAACGAAGCAUUGAAAGUCUACACACUGAAAUUGAAACUUUAAAAGAAUCUAACAGAAUGAUGGAGGAUAUGAUCGAGAAUCAGAAGUCAAUAAAUGAAGACCUUGAUACACAGCUUACCGUGAACAGAGUUAAAUUGAACGAAUCCCUCCUAAAGAUGUCUUCGCUUGAGGUUGAACUUGAGGAUAAAAGUCACUGUUUUGAAGACCUCGAAGGAACAUGUCUUGAGCUCCAACUUCAACUCGAAAGCAUUAACAGCACCAAGAUUCCAGAUGAGAACAUGGAAAAAGAACGACAGAUACAGCAGACUGGUUGGGAGAUAACAGCUGCUUCUAUGAAGUUGGCAGAGUGCCAAGAGACUAUCCUAAACCUCGGGAGGCAGCUAAAGGCACUGACUUUAUCGGAGGAAGAGCCAGUAGUUGUUGACAGACAAUUAUGUCCCUCCCCUUCCAACAAUAAGGCUGUGAAGCACCAUGUAUCUCUACUUGAUCAAAUGCUAUUUGAGGAUGGAACUAAAAAGGGAACACUUAAAUCUCCCACGAAAAAAGAUGCCUUGAACAUCCCCAUCGCAGAUACACUUUCUGUUGCCCAGCCUAACAGUUGCAAUGCAAUUUGCGCUUCCAAAGUCACACCUUCUGGAUCAUAUCGUGGCUUGAAUAACGGAUCUAAAAAUGCAAAACCGGGCACUUUGGUUAUCUUGUCAGGCAGGAAGCAGGGAGGAGGGAUGGGGUUUCUGAGAAAGCUAUUGCUUAGGAAGAAGAAGAAAGGAAGCCACAAGAAAACGUCCUAUUCCUUAGCAGUUUAAGGCUUGGCAACAAAGAAGGUUUUGACUCUCAAUUUCAUUGAGAGUGUACAUAGUCUCCAAUUUGGCAUGUAAUGUUUUCAGACGGCUUUAAUAAUUUGCCUUGUACAACUAGCAGUGCGUUUAUGCAUUAUUGCUUUAUAUGUUUAUAGUA